AUGGUAUCGAGAGCGAAGGCUGUUCCGUUAGGUCGUUUGCGGUUAGCGUGCGUGGAGGAUGCCUCGGUCGUUUACCCGUUGGUGACUGAAUCUAUGGCGAAGAACUUUCGUAUCAACAAUGUUUCUGAUAUUGGAUACCUUUUUGAAACAAGUGUGUUGUCUAUAUGUCACUUGGAUAGAAAUGAAACGGUGGUCGGUUGUCUUGUGCUGAAAGACUAUCCGCUUAUACCUGCCGUGUACCCAGGCGCUUGGGAAGAUUUUAUAAUGACCAAAUAUAGAACAACAGAAUUGAACUCUCGGAACUCUCUGUUCAUACACUUGCUUUGCUGGAACUCGUCGUACGGUCGUGAUGUCGUGGACGCCAUGAUGAAGUCAGUGUUCAUGCACGACCAUUACUUGCAAUACAUCGCGAUGGUGAAGUGCUUGAUCAACAGUACGCUACUAAUGCCAGGCCAGGCCCGCAGUGAAGCUUCGUUUAAGCGCAUACAGGUCUUGGAGCGUGGCAUGCUAGGCGACCAGUUGCCUUCUCUAUGGCUUGCAGAGAGAAAAGAAGUCUGCCCCAAACUGAAGAUACGGAGAGCAGUCGAGGAAGACAAUGAUGAUCUAUUGCCAAUAAUCGAUCGACAGUCGAAACUAUUACGCGAGCUGUACGGAGACUUCUAUAUCAGCGAGCUGAUAGCACGACAUCCGGAGUCUGAACGGGUCCAACUCGUUUGCGAGCACAAAGAGCUUGCAGUCGGUGUGAUGAUCCUGAACACGCAAAUAAACUACGAAGCUUUAGAGGAAAGUUUCGAACUGUCCCCGUUUGCAGGCCUGCGACACAUCGAUAUGCCGCCACGACCAAAUGUACAUGAUUCAAAUACCAGUCUGUUUGUAGGUGCUACUACUGAAUCACAGGAAGAAUCUAACGCUGAUUUGCCUGAACCUAACUAUGGGAAAUACCAAGCUAGUUUGCUACCUGAGGAAGUUCCAUUUAAGGAUAUUCGCAAGGAAGCGGAUAAAUCAAAACAGAAACUAGUAGACGGUUCCUGCCAGUUAGAUAUAAUGCAACUAUUGGAAGAAGAAGAGGAGGAAUUUGAAUAUGACAUCGUUAAUAUCGAUACUGAUCUGUUGAAACUGCCACGGUUUUCCGAUGAGAGUGAACCAAAGCAACGCAAGGACUCAAUUGUUGAUACCUACAAACAUUUCGCGAAAGAUAAAUCAAAGGCGCUCACAAAUGCGGCGUAUGUCGGUACUUCCCUAAAACCUCCGGAACCGAACCGCUAUUCAGGACGACCAAAUGCUUUCUUGUUAGAAGUCUUUGCGAUGCACCCUGAAUACGACGAAAGGUACGGUUUUGAGAUGCUCGAGGCUGCUUAUGAGCUAUUUCCCGAUAGAGACUACUGUAUCGUGUGUCUCCCUUACUCGAAUGCAUGUUUUCCACUUCUAGAACAUUUUACGCUCGUUACUCCAUUCAACUUUAGAAUGCGUUUCAUGAAUUAUUCCUUGUACGUGGCUCAUGUAAAUUCCAUAAGAGGAGACCCUUCCGUUCGCCCAGCAGAAUAUUACGACAUUCCAAAUUUGAACAAAGUCUUAGAUCACGCUCCCAGGAAACAGGACUUGAUGGGGUUGUUUGAACGUAGUCUUCAAUCUUUGACGUUGUCAUCAUAUGUUCUUCUUAACGAAAACCAGCCUAUUGGAUUAGUUAUACUCGGACCUUUGGAAGAUGGGACAUCUAUUAGAACACAAUAUGACUUAGAACCAGAGGCUAGAAGAGCCGGAACGGAUGCAUCGAUUUUAGCAUGUGUUAUGUCACCUAUGAUGGAAUCCCACGCACGAUGGUAUCUGAGAGACGUGCUACGUCAUACCAAGUAUUGUUCUUUGUUUUGGGUGUGUCGACUCUUCGCUAAGGGCGAUGCGAGUCCUGUUCGAAAUCUCAUGUCGCUUGCGAGUUACAUGAACCCGGUGCGACCUCGACGAGUAGUGGCGACCAUGUCUGGAGGCAAAUAUCAUGAUAAAAUGUUUAAAAAUAUCGCAACUCCAUUUGCUUUGUGGGUGUUAGAGCGCCCUCUGACGAGCAUGCCAAAGGUGGAAGUUAACAGCAGCAUAGUUGUUGUAGGAGCUAGCCGUACAGGACUCGCUUUUCUGGAAUCAUUAAUUUUAGGACCCACAUCAGAAUACCUUACGUUUACAAAUAUAACUUUAGUAUCUGAACACGGUUUACCAACCACUACAGAUUGUUUGCGCGCUGCAGAAGUUUGCGUACCGAGAGACGGCCGAUACACAGACCGAUACAUUAAGAGCGUUCCCUUUCAUUAUUAUAUAGAUAUCAUGACUGCUGUCAUGGUUCAAAUCGACAGGAAAAAGAAAUGCAUUUAUUUGAAAGGUGAUGGUGUGAAGUUUUACGAUGAACUAGUAUUAACGUGUGGUCAUCAAUUCCAACAUCCAGAAUAUUUGAAGGAUUUAAUCGUGUUGGCUAAAGAAGUCGAGAAAGGCAAACCUUGUGUUAGACGCCUCAUGGAUGAUCCUGCGUAUUUACCUGACAGUCUACCUUUGCAACCCGAACUGCCUAACAAUGUCAUGCUAAUAAAUUCUCCGUACCAAGCCAAUAAGUGCUUCCGGAAACUUCUGCAUAUGAUCGCUGAAACGGAUAACACAACAGAAUCUCUCAGUAAUAAGAAGCCAGUUAUUGUAUAUGGAGAUUGUAUAGAGGCAUACAGCUGUAUAGCGGGUUUGUUAGAAUUGGGCCUGACGGGAGACACAAUUGCUUUUGUUGAACCUUUUCCGCCAGAAGACAGUACAGCAUUAAGAGUUAACUGCUUUAAUGAUGAAACAAUCGAUGAAAGAGUGCAAAAGAAGCUGGAGAAGCUUGACAUUCGUAUAUACCGCCAAUGUUACUUCCACGGCUGGUCUGAGAAAAGAGGAAGUAUUGAGCAUAUACAACUAAUGUCUCCGUUGCACGCUAUACAUGUUCCCUGCUUUGCAAUGUUCUAUUUCGGAAUAAAAGCCAUUGAUUUGAACGCAUUUAAAGCUAUCAACGAGAGCGGCCUGGUGUACGACGGCGGGCUGGUCGUGGGGCCGAUGUUCGACACCAACGACCCGCAUGUCUUCGCCGCGGGGUCCUGCGUGCGGUAUUCGCGCCGCCUCCACGCGCGCCAUUUUGAACACAAGUACUAUUGCCCUGAGGAUGUCGGCGAUGCUCUAGGAAAGCUCUUCUGGAGUAAAUUGGAUCCAUUCAUGUCAGGACGAACGGACAUUGAAGAAUCAAAUAUAUUUUUUUACAGUUUUCAGGAAUCUCAUGGUAGUGUUGGAAGCACUAGCCGUUUAUCAACUGGUGGUAUGAAAAGCCGCUGGCAACCCGUUACGAAAUUCGAGGCGCCGAUAGUGCAACUAGCAACACUGCCAGGACCUGUUUAUUACAUGACGCUGCGCAGACCGGGGCGCGACGUUCCGAUGGCAGUACGGUCUCUGUUACCGCAACAGGGCCAUACCCUUGUUACUAAUAAAAAGCACAACUACUUCAAACUACGGAUAAAUACCUUGCAUUGCAUCGAAUCUUUCACUUGUUUGUCUAAAAAACAAUUUUCAUGCGAUGUCCUAACGCAGCUAUAUGGAAAACAUGAAGCUUAUUUCAACAAUCUACUAGUUCGGUACAACAUGAAUUUUAUUGACGAUCUAUUCGAUUACUUCACCAAACCGUGGACAACUGUAUUCUAUCAGGAGCCAUUUGCCAAUAUGAUGAACGAUGUAUACGUGCAUGUAGGAAAUACUGUGUAUGAUGUUGUAAGGACAAAGUAUAAUGAGUUUUACGAGGGCAUCAAACAGUCACUUAUGGGGGAACUAUCUGCUUUAGAGUUUAAUGAGUCCACUUGCAAGGAAUGCGGUCAAAGCGAAGUGUUACGUCACGAUGCUGACACGUUCUGGAAGGUGGUGGGAGGAGAACGCAUCCUCUUCAAGCAUCUGACAAGAUAUCUGCAGAAGUACGCCUCUGCUAAUCCCCAUUACGCUGUGCCGAAUAUGCAAUAUAUAUCUAUGAAAUGA